UUUUAAUUAUAUAAUUUAACUUAAUUAAGGGGUGGAAGUGGGAAGAAAAAGAUGGGGAAGGGGGAACCUGAUGCCUCUUUUGAUGUGUGAGUGGGUGGUUCUGAUUUUCACUUCAACUUUCUCUCAUCUCUCAUUUUAUUUCCUCUCUUUUCUUUCUUCCCAAACAAAAACUCUUCCUCUCAAAAACUAAUUUUUUGCCUUCUCUUGGACCAAAAUUUCCCCCAAAGGCUAUAUAUGAAUGAAGAUGCUAGUGGGAUAUUUGUUUGAUCUUUUGAGUACUGUUUGCUAGAAGGAAAUUAUAAGAGAGGAAGAAGAAGAGAUCAGAGGGGGAAAGUGUUAUGCUGAAGAUAAGGGGGUCUACUGCUGGAGAUAGAAGUGUGGCUUGUGACUGUUGUGAAAACAGCAUAAGAAGAGAGAAGCUUUCCAUCAGAUGUUAUCCAUUGAAAACCCUCCACCAGAUCCCCCAUGUCCCUGCCAAGCUCUAGUACAGCUGAAAAGUGGUGGUGGUGAGAUUGAGAGGCCUCCUCAUAAGCUUCCCUUGUCUGAGGUAGAUCUGCUAAAGAAGCCAUCUUUUGACAAUCAGCAGCAUCAGCAUAAUACCCCACUCCCCAAGUUCUCCAUCAGAGAUUAUGUGUUCACUGCUCGGAGGAAGGAUAUCAAGAAGAAUUGGCCAUUUUCUCCCAAGAAUUUGCAACUGUGUUUGAAGCAUGGCUUGAAAGAUCCAUUGCCACCAGUUGAGCCUCUUGGUGCUGUGAGAAACCAAUCCAUAGAGAGAUGUGUGGUUGAAUCCAGUCCAAUUGCGAAGCAGACUACUAGGACUAAAUUCGGUGAUGAGCCGGAUCAUGUGGUACUAGAGUCAUCGAUUGAUGCUUACUCAAACCAUAACCAAGCAGGUGCUUGCAUAGACAAUAGUUCGUGCAGAUCGGGAGGAGAACAUGGGAAUGAUUUACCUUCCACAACAGCAAGUGUUUCUCAGUCUGAUAUAGACUCGGUUCUCAUCUACAAGCAGUCCGACUUACCAUUGGAAAUCAAUACAGCAGUGGAAGCAUCAGCUGAAGUUCAAGCUGCUGGUAAGAUCCGUAAGGCUGAAAACGCAAUCCGACCGUCAGGGAAGAAGUGCAGAUUAAUCGUGAAAUUCGCUGCCCAUUCUGAACGUAGCACGACUGAAGAUAUUACUUCAAAUUCUACCAUGUUAUCUGAACCCAUGGCUUCUAAAGUUUGCCCUGUUUGUAAAACUUUUUCUUCCUCUUCCAAUACCACCUUGAAUGCUCACAUCGACCAGUGCCUUUCUGAUGAAUCGACUCCCAAGUGGACAGUGGACUCUAAGUUUACCCGCCAUAGAAUAAAGCCGAGGAAGACGAGAAUGAUGGUUGAUGUAUAUGCUACUGCUAAACCAUGCACUUUAGAAGAACUUGAUCGGAGGAAUGGUACAUGUUGGGCCACUGCACCAAACAUCCUUAACCAGGAUUCUGGGAGACUAGAAAUAUCUGAUGAAGGGAAAAAGCAAAGAGCUUCCUCUAUUAAUCCCAAGGACAAUGGUGAUGUAGGUGCUGUUUAUUUUGAUGCCAAUGGUACGAAAAUUCGCAUUUUAUCAAAUGUUCCACUAGUGUCAAAAGUUGGAGAUGAUCCUGGGCCAGACAAAGCUUUCAAAGGGAAUAAAGGUAGCAAAUUCCUUUCAACCAAAAAGAAAAGACAACAUUCCUCAAAACAUCACAAGUAUCUUAAACUUGCUCCUCAAAGCCGAAAUUUUUUCUCGCACAAGAGCCGUUCUUCCAAGGCGGUUGGAGGUCAAGAAGGGUACUGUGGAGUUGCAGAAAGUUGCAAGAGUGAGGGACUAGAUGUGCCAAAGAAAAUUAAAUUCAAUGACUCUAGAAAUCUUAGGGAAAGGGUGUGCUCUAAACAAGCUGGUCUUUCGAGGAAGCCUGAUAAUCUAGAUAAAAAUCAACCUUCAUUUUGCAGACGGAAUGUUACCCUUGACUUGCAGGUUCCGAGUGACCAACCACAUCAAGGAGAUUCUGUUGCGGAGAGAAAUUGUGUUCACAAGUUACGAACUUCAUCUGGUACUUCUGGAAAAUGUGAAAAGACAGAGAAGCCAGUUUAUGAAACCCCGGAUAUGGAUGAGAGGGAGCAUUCUUUUGGAAGAAAGAGAGUAAGGAGCUCCUUGUGCCGAGCAAGAAUCCGUAACAAUGUGGAACGGAGAUCGCUUGAUCAAAAUGAAAAUCAGUUGAGCAAAGACCCUCCUCCCCAUCUAGAUAAGCAUCAUUUGGUGAAAUCUUUUAACACUGGUGGAAAUUGCUCAUCUUCAUUGAGCAAGAAGGUGGUUGAUAUUGAUGCAAAUAGUAAUCCCAAUACUCCUGUCAUUGCUGCAGCUCCUAUUAGUGGUCGUUCUUUUGCAGUCAGACGCAUCAGAUCCUCACCAAAGAAAAAUGUUUCAUCUGCUAGCAGAAGGUCUUCCAUCGGCAAAUCUGGUUCUAACUUGGUUAAGAAUCAUUUGGCGACAAAAAGUCGAGUGCAUUUUAUGGAAGAAACGGAUGAGGAGGAUGUAUCCUGGAGUCCUGAGUCUGAUCAAGAAUGCGACUUGGUGUAUGAUAGUUCCGAAAACCAACGUGGAAUGAAAGAGAUUACCGAAGAAAUGUCAUUUGGUGGAAGCAGCAUCCAAGAAGCCCCAUCUGGAGAACAAAGAGGAAGAAAAAGUAUUUCCUGGAGGGAGGAAUCCGUGGCUUUGAAUGGCAUACAUUCAGCUCCUAGUUGUUCUGAUGAUGAUGAGACGGAGAACACUGAUUCUUCUGCAAGAAGUACUGAGAAUAUUCUGCAUAAAGCUGAUGGUUUGGAAUCUUUUGAGGAGACUGUCACUAGUUUGAGUCACUCUUUAGAAACCAAGUUUAACAAACUGAGUCAUCUUUCUGAGAAUAGUUCCAAUUGUUUACAGGCUCAUGAGGAUUACAGCAGGACUUUGUGUGGGGGUGAAGGACUGGCUGACCUUACUGAGCCAAGUCUUCGUGAAAGGCACAUGUUUUGUGCAGAAGUUAGCCAUGAUAUUAUUGGACAAACAGGUAAUAUGGGAGGAGAAUUGGAUUCUGAUGCGGCACCAUUGAACUCUUUUCCUGAGGUUGAUCCGAUACCUAUUCCUGGUCCACUGGGAUCAUUUUUGCCUAGUCCUAGGGACAUGGGCUCUGAUGAUUUUCAAGGGAAUUCAUCAUUGUCCACCAGCCGAAUUCAAUCCUCUCAGGGUCGGCUUGAUUUCCUUGAUGGGGACUCAUCAGAUUCGCCCAUAUCUGCAGUGUCUGGAAUCUCUAAUUCUCUGGAAGCGAAGUCAUAUUCAAAGUUUGCCGAGCCAUUACCAUUUGUCAGUAAUCCUUCAAUGCUAGAAAAUUAUAGGUCUGGCUACUCCACUGCCAAAUCUGAGCUUUUAGUUGAAAAUAGUGUUGCAUUUCCCCAUACAAGCGCAGGACUAGAAAGAACUAUUAAAGGAGAGAAGUUGAGAGUGCAUAGAACGUCUCUUGAAAAAAGACCUUUGAUUUUCAAAAGUGACGAUCAGCCUUGCUGUUGCCAAAGAAAAGACGGAUCUUCCCAGGUUUUUGCCCUAAAUUAUCAGGAGUCGCAACUACUAAGGCAACGGACAACAGCUUCGUUGAUGGUCCCUGCCAUGGCGAUGCAAAUUGCUGCCAAUCAAAAUAUCAAUCCUCAUAGUUUGGAUGGAAGACCAGAAACAAACUCUCUGAGCAGUAGUGCGAGUUUAGGAUCUGAACAAAGGGUUCUAUCUUUCAUGAAACCUCCUGCAGGUUCUGUUGCUUGUAAAGGAUUCCAUGAUGCUGAUGUCAAGCUUUCUGAUUGCAGUAACUGUGAUCCUGCAACCCCAUCUUCUAAUAAUCCCGUUCUCAGGCUGAUGGGAAAGAACUUAAUGGUGGUUAACAAGGAAGAAAACACACCUGUGCCACUUGGUCAGGCUGAGUCAUGUGCCCAGAGUAAUCAUCUAACUCCUAGGUUUCCAACUUCGUCUGGAACCUCUCCUACCAAUAUCGGGAAUCAAGGUGGAAUACCCUUCUGUCAGACAAUCCCUCAGAGUUCUUUAAUCUUAGAUCAGCAUCCAACAGAUUUGGCGGGGCUAUCUUUUGAUGUCCAAUUAGCAAGUGGCUAUAGAAACCUUGCAAAUCUUGGAACACCACGAAAAGAAGCACAAUUUCCAGCUGGCAUGUUUUUUGACGAGCGUAUGGAAUGUGGUUUGUCAACCUCCAUGGAGCUCUACAAAUAUGCGGGUGACUAUAAUUUGCCAGUUCAACCAAGCAGAGCGAAGAACAGGCCAGGACCAGAUAUGGUGAAAGCCGCAACUCUAGACCACAGACACAGGAAAGGUGAUUCUACUGUUUCCAGUAAAGAAGUAAUCGUCAUUGAUGAUGCUCCGGAAAGUGAAACAAACAAGUUUGGUGACACUGCCAAGCAUUUUGAAGGCUUGAGGGAAAGCUCACUGAUAUCACCCGGCCUUUCAAUGCCAUUAGUUCCCAACAAUAGUGUGAGGCGCAUGAAUCCUUUUUUUCAUAAUCAGUCGGAAGACUCUUUACGUGGCGACCUAACCAUGGUACAAAAUAAGAACUUCAAUGCAAUCCCUUCUGGUCGAGCCAAUACAGUUCCUUUCCAAUGGGAUUGCUCUUCAGAAGGCUCUGGAGUGCCACAGCGUGCUCCUCUCAUGGUUGUAUCGCCCACAAGAGUCCAUUUCAGACCCGCAGUUUAUUAUCCUCCGAGUUUGUCUUAGCGCUUUGUGACGUACGGGAACUGUUAGAUGGUCUAUACUGGGCAUCCGCAGGUUUCAUAUCAAACUUGUACCGAAUCUUGAGCUUCUCCAUUACAUGAUGAUACGCGACAGCCAAAAUAAUUGCAGAUUGAGUUAUAAUAGUUUCCGUGCAAGUUUAGCAUUUGAGAUCUCUUAUGUUUUUAUUUUUCACUUCACUUACUGUUGAACAAACUUUUCACAGUUCUUGAGACUUGUAAGCUUCGGCAACUAGAAAGUUAUCACAAAAACCAGAUAAUAUAUAAGCCAAAUCCUUGAGAAUAAACCUGACGAAGGGCAGAGUUUAAGGUG